GGAGAGAAAAGGGUGGUAAGUUGUGAUCCUCCUGCUGUUUUUGUUUUUUUUGUUUUUUUAGUAGAGGAAAGAGUUGGAGGUUGAGAAAACUCCCAGAGAGCAGAAAAGACGAGUCACUUUGAUUUAAGUUCAGACCACUGCAGUGGAUCAGCUGUGCACAACCUAAAUAUCAACACUGACUUGACUUUAAAAGGUGGCUCUUUCCUUCUCCGGCUUGUUUAUGGCUGUAAUCAUGUGGAAGAUAGCUGAUCAGCUUCCCUGGAUUUCGCUGACAGUCCCCCUUCGUUUUGCCUGAAGAUGGAAACACUGGAGUCGGAGCUGACCUGCCCAAUCUGUCUGGAGCUUUUCGAGGACCCGCUGCUGUUGCCCUGCGCUCACAGUCUCUGUUUCAACUGCGCCCACCGAAUCCUGGUCUCCCACUGCACCCCCAGCGAGCCGAUUCAGUCCAUCAGCGCCUUCCAGUGCCCGACCUGCCGCUAUGUCAUCACCCUAAACCAGAGGGGCCUAGAGGGACUCAAACGCAACGUGACCCUGCAGAACAUCAUUGACCGCUACCAGAAGGCUUCUUUGAGCGGACCCAACUCCCCUAACGAGACCCGGCGUGAGCGAGCCGCCCCCGACAGCAGAGCCAUGACGUCCCCCAGCGACCGGGUGCAGUGCCAGUUCUGCGAGCAGGACCCUCCGCAGGACGCCGUGAAGACCUGCGUCACCUGCGAGGUGUCGUACUGCGAGGAGUGCCUCAAGGCCACCCAUCCCAACAAGAAGCCUUUCACGGGCCACCGUCUAAUCGAGCCCUUGCUGGACUCCCAUCUGCGAGGGCUUAUGUGUCUGGAGCACGAGGACGAGAAGGUCAACAUGUACUGCGUGACGGACGAACAGUUGAUCUGUGCGUUGUGUAAGCUGGUUGGCCGACACCGGGACCACCAAGUGGCGGCCCUCAGUGACCGAUACGACAAACUCAAGAAAUCUCCUGGCCGCUUUCUCUGUGUGGGCCGUGAACAUUCACACCAGGAGGCAGACCAGCAAGCCUUGGAUUCCAACCUCAGCAAUCUAAUCAAGAGGACCAGUGAGUUGGAAAGUCUGAUGGGCAAACUUAUCCAAACCUGCCAACAUGUGGAGGUAAAUGCAUCUCGGCAAGAAAACAAGCUGCUGGAAGAGUGUGACCUGCUGAUUAAUAUCAUACAGCAGCGGAGACAAAUCAUAGCUACCAAGAUAAAGGAGGGGAAGUCCGUGAGGCUGAGGAAGCUCGCCCAGCAGAUAGCCAGCUGCAAGCAGUGCAUCGAGAGGUCCUCCUCCCUCAUCACUCAGGCUGACCAAACUCUCAAGGAGACAGAUCACACUCGGUUCCUUCAGACGGCGAAAAGUAUCUGUGAGAGAGUUUCCAUGGCAACCGCAUCCUCCCAAAUCCUGCUACCAGAAAUUAACCUGAAUGACAACUUUGAUACUUUUGCGUUGGACUUCACGAGGGAGAAGAAAAUGCUAGAAAGUCUGGAUUACCUCACAGCACCAAAUCCGCCAGUAAUCCGCGAGGAGUUAUGUACAGCUUCAUACGACACGAUCACAGUUCACUGGACAUCAGAUGAUGAAUUCUCUGUUGUAUCGUAUGAACUUCAGUACGCCAUCUUCACCAGCCAAUCUAAUGUUGUCAGUUUGUGCAACUCUGCCGACAGCUGGAUGAUCGUACCAAACAUCAAGCAAAAUCACUACACUGUGCACGGACUCCAGUGCGGCACCAAGUACAUCUUCAUAGUGAAGGCCAUAAACCAGGCUGGAAACCGCAGCAGCGAACCAGGGAAACUCAAAACCAACAGUCAGCCAUUCAAACUGGACCCGAAGUCUGCUCACCGGAAGCUGAGGGUGUCCCACGACAACCUGACGGUAGAGAGGGACGAGACUUCGUCCAAGAAGAGCCACAGUCAGGACCGUUUCUCCAGCCACAGCAGCUACGGCGUCACGGGGAACGUCUACAUCGACAGCGGCCGCCAUUACUGGGAGGCUCUGAUUGGAGGAAGCACAUGGUUCGCAGUGGGCAUCGCAUACAAGUCAGCGCCAAAGCACGAGUGGGUCGGCAAAAACUCGGCCUCCUGGGUACUGUCUCGCUGCAACAACUCGUGGGUGGUGCGUCACAACAGCAAGGAGAUGCCCAUCGAGCCUUCGCCCCACCUGCGGCGCCUCGGGGUGUUGUUGGACUAUGACACCGGCUCUCUGUCUUUCUACGACGCCGUGGGCUCUCAGCACUUGUACACGUUUGACAUCGCCUUUGCGCAGCCAGUCUGCCCAGUGUUCAACGUGUGGAACAGGUGUUUAACAAUCCUCAGCGGACUGCCGAUCCCCGAUCACUUAGAGGGAACGGACUACAACAACUGAAAACAAAUUUACUUUUUUUUUUUUUAUCCAAAAAGAGACCAGACUGCCUGCACCUGUUAAACUGUGAUGACUACAUUUUUGAUGAUAGGGAGAGAAAAAAAAAAAACUGUGGUCAAAUGAGAUGCAAUUACCUUGGUGUGCAUUCCUAAGCAAGCCUACGCUGAAAUUAAUUGGAAUUAUUUAAGAAAUAUUUUCAGGCACUUGUAAAUGUAUUUCUUUGCUUUGCACAUUUAUGCACAUUUGCUCUGCUGGGUGGUUUUACCGAUUUGCUGACAUUAAAAAAAAAAAAAAAAAACUCAUGGAGAUAUUUUCAAAUAGGCUCCAGGUUUUUUUUUUUUUAUCAUUAAUAUUAUUUUUAAAUUCAUAUUACAAACUUGUGCAUUCAUGUCUCGUCAAGGCCGAUGAUAAACCUUUAACUGCAAGUGACAAGAGGGACUCUUUGGAUGGAACGAUUCUGGAAAUGUAAUUUAUAGGCUGUUUUAAAUUUUAUGUUUGUAAAGAUUUUUUAAGUCAUAGCACUUUGAUAAGACAAGUUUGUCACUAUAAAUGCAUUUCUAAGCCACUUCCACCAUAAUAAAAAUGUUUACUUGUCAUUGUAUUCUAAGGAAAUUGCACUUAAAUAGACCCAGAAGUAAUAGCUAAAAACAGUUAGAAAUUCUAAUUUGCGAUCAGUCAAUUCAGCCAUUUUGAAGUAUUUAUUAUUACCUGUAAAUGCUCUAGUACAGUUCCCUCUCCUCAUCGUAGCAAUUUCCAGACAAACCUUCACCACAAUGUUCACAUUUCAAUUCUAAGAUCUAAUAAAAGUGACUUCACAUAA